CUCAGCAAUCCUUCAGUGCUCGUGUGCUGCUGGAAAGGAAAGCUUAAUCCAAAAUGAAAUCCAUCCUGUUGGCUGUCUGCAUCAUUGGGGUGGCUAUCUGCGCCCCUCCCCAUAAGUACAUGGAGUUUGACAUCCAUUACGCACCGCCUCAGGCAGCUCAAGCCAUCCCUGCUGGAGCCCCAAUUGAAACUCUCGAUGUUCUCCUCCCAGUUGAUGACCAGCGAAUGCCUAUUGCAGGACCUGUCCAAGGUUUCAUCAAGCAGGAGAUCCCCCUGCCACACGGUGGUGGUACAGAGGAGGUGUUGUACCCCUUCGGUUUCAGCCAAGAUGCUGCUGCCCCCGUUGCUCCUGCCGAUCCCGUUGCUCCUGUUGCUCCUGUUGCUCCUGUUGCUCCUGUUGCUCCUGCUGCUCCAGCUGCUCCUGCUGCUCCAGCUGCCCCUGUUGAGCCCAUCAUUGCUGCUCCCAAACCCAGCGGAGAUGAUGAUGACGAAGAGGAUGACUAA